AGUUUAUCCAUAAAGACAGUGCGUCUAUCAGUCUAGCGGUCUAGCGAGGUUAGUACACUCUCUAGCGAGGUGAGCGAGCUGAGCGAGUGAGCGGAGGCAGCCGAGGAGUGAGCGCCGAGCGGUCUUUCAGGAAGCGAGCGAGUCGGCGAGUGAGUGGUCGACGGGCGAGUCGACUGUGCGCCAGUAAUGGAGGCUCAGCGAGAUCAAGUGUUGGCCGAUUUUCAGUCAUGUACAGGCAUGGAGGACGUCGGAGAGUGCUUCAUGUACCUGGAAAACGCCAACUGGAACCUCCUGGACGCGGUGCAUCGGGCGUUGCCUCAAGAAACGCAGUCGUUGCCCUCGGAGCAGCAGGGGCCACCGCAGGAGGCGGCGCCCCCUGUCGAGAUGCCACCAAGCACCCUCGACGUGCGGGUCGAGUAUCGGGGCAGGACGCUCCCGCUGGUCCUGCCACGAGACGGCGUCACGUGCGGGGACAUCCGAGCGGCCAUUCACCAGGAGACCGGGCUGGCACCCUGCCGUCAGGUGAUACAAGGAUGGGCUAACGUGUCGGACGAGAUGCCCGUUUCACUGCUGGAGCUCCCUCCAGAUGGCACUCUUCACGUCAGCAGCCCGGAACUUCCAGACAGUAGCAGUUCAGCGGCAACGACAGAGCCUGGCAUCCAGGUGAGACUGAAUAUCACGGACGAGACAACGAGAGGACAGUACUCCAUCAACUUUCCACACACGAAGACAUUUCUGCAAGUCAAGCAGGACGUCAGCGACCUGACCUCGAUACCCGUGCGACAUCAGCGAUGGACAGGGUGGCCCCAGGGACUGCUGUGGGAUCACGCAACGCUGGCUGCCAUCUGCGGGGACGAGCGCGUGCUUCAGCUGACGGUGCGCAGGGACGAAGCUGCGAGCUCCCAACAGCAACACCCCAUCGUGGACCUGGUGUCCAGCGACAGCAGCAGCCUGGAAGAGUUUGAAGACGCCAACGAAUGCCUCGGGAUGGUUGUGGAAGAGGACGCGCCACGGAGAUCGACCCGGACUCGCGUGCCUAUGAGUGAGUGGCUAGCCCGCCCGGGGCUUCGUAGGCAGAACCCCCCGCAGCUCGCCCCUCCUCCUCCCACGUGCCGAACUCGCGCAGUGCCCGAGAGCGCUCAGGACGAGGGGGCGGCCGUGGCACACUUCACCCGGGAGUUCGCCAGCCGGUACGGUACCUGCCACCCGGUGUUCUUCCAAGGUUCGUUAUCCGAAGCACUCCAGGCCUCCUGCCACAAGCCUUGCCGAGAACGCAAGCCCCUGGCGAUCUACCUGCACCACGACGACAGUGUGUUGACGCAGGUGUUCUGCACGCAGCUGCUCUGCUCUGAGGCCAUUGUGGCCUACCUGGCACUCAACUUCGUCACCUGGGUCUGGGACCUCACGCUCGACUCAAACAGGCUCAGGUUCCUUGCAACAGUGGGCGGCACGCUAGGUCCGGCAGUCUCGAGUGCGGUGCAGAGUACGGCACUGGACUGCCUCCCGGCGCUGGUGGUGGUCACCAGAGUUCGAUCAGCCACCGAGGUGCUCACCCUCAUUCCCGGUAACGUCGGUUUGGACGAACUGAUGACACGGCUGGUCCACACGGUGGAGGUGUUCAACAGCGAGAUGAGCACGGAGAUGCAGGAGGAGGCGGAGCGAGAGGCCAGGGAAGAGGUGAAGAGGGAACAGGACGCGGCCUACGAGGCCUCGCUGUUGGCCGACAGGGCAAAGGAGGAAAUCAGGAAAAUGGAGCAGGAAGAGCAGCUACGCAGGGAAACGGCAGAGGAGGUGCAGAAGCAGCUUCACCGGGAAGAGCUCAGGCACCAGGAGCAGAUGAAGGAGGCCCUGCAGCAAUCGCUGGCACAGCUGGUGCCCGAAGAACCGGCGGAGGACGAGGACCGGGUGAGCCACAUCCGGGUGCGCCUUCCGUCCGGGGAGGUGCUCAGCCGACGCUUCCUGGCCUCCUGCCCGCUCAGCUCCCUGCUCACCUUCCUCGCCUCCAGGGGCUUCCCCGUCGAGGAGUACAAGGUCCUGGCCAGCUGGCCGCGCAGAGACCUGUCCGCAAUGGAGACGUGCAAGACCCUCGAACAGCUCCAGCUCUACCCCAAGGAAACGCUGACCGUAGAAGAACGCUGAGUGACGACGCCCAAAAAAAAAAGAAAACCGCCCCCUGUACCAUAGCCUCGGACCCCCUCCCCCCCCUUUUUAUUACUCUCAAGAACGGAAUAAAGAGCACGCUUGUUUAUUGCCA